CGCUUCAGCUCUCCAUCUCAUCUGUUCAGUUCAUCUGUAAUCUAAAAACUAGAGAAACAUGGGUUAUAAUUUGUUCAUUCAGCCUGUACCAAAUUGUUAUUAAUAUUAUGGACUUUAGAUUAUAUUUUUGUUAUUAAAUUUGAUUCAUACUUCAUCACACAUGAUGUUUCGACAAAACAUCUGUAAAUCAUGCUGGUGGAUUGCUUUACAGCGGCAAUCUAUCAACAGAGCUGUAAAACAAGCCCCCACUUUUAAACAGCCUACCGGUCUCACCUUCAGAAUGUUGCAACUAUUCCACGCCCUCACGGAAACCGAACUUCUUCUCGCAACUAAUAGACAAUAUAAAACAAGAAAUGGACAAAAACAAAGAAAUGAAAGAGAAUCUGAAAAGAUUUCGUGAAGAAAGACAAAAACUUGAAGAGUCUGACGCCUUACAAAAAGCUAGAGAAAAGUAUCAAACCGUUGAGAGCGAAGCAUCGCGAAGUUCUGAGGUGAUUAAGGAAAAGUUUGGAACAAUCAGGGAAAAAGUUACCAACGUAAUUGAAGAGGCUGGAAAAACAGAAAUCGCCAAGAAAGCAGGCCAGUUGAAAGAAGGAUUGGGUAAGACGGCGCGAGACGCAGCCGACACGAUAAGUGAACGAGGCCAGCAGAUUGGCAAGACAGGUGCCUUCCAAACCAUCAGUCAGACCGCCGCUGCUGUCAAGGAAGAGAUCGACUACAAUUCGCUCAAAGCACGCAUGUACAAGGCGCCGAGACAACUGCGACGUCGCGUGGAGACGUCGGGAAGUGCCGACGAUUCCCGGGUAGUCGAACCCAACACAGACGCGACGGGCGUCGAGCUACACAAGGACUCGCGCUUCUACCAGUCGUGGCAGAGCUUCAAGGACAACAACCCCUACGUCAACAAAGUGCUCGACUGGAAGAUCAAAUACGACGAAAGUGACAACCCCAUGAUUCGAGCUUCGAGACUUCUCACCGAGAAAGUCACUGACAUCAUGGGCGGGUUGUUUCAGAAGACCGAACUUUCAGAAACUUUAACCGAAAUUUGUAAGAUUGACCCGAAUUUCGAUCGUAAUGAGUUUUUGAAACAGUGUGAGGUAGAUAUCAUCCCCAAUAUUUUAGAAGCAAUAGUGCGCGGGGAUUUAGAGAUACUGAAAGAUUGGUGCCACGAGGGUCCAUUCAACGUACUAUCCAUCCCUCUCAAACAAGCUAAAGAACAGGGGUUGGUUUUCGCUUCCAAAGUGCUAGACAUCGAUAAUUUGGAUCUAGUGAUGGGCAAAGUGAUGGACCAAGGUCCGGUGUUGGUGAUUAGCUUUACGUCGCAGCAGAUUCUGUGCCUGAAGGACAGGGAGGGGAAGGUGGUUGAUGGAAGUGCGGACACGGUGUAUUUGGUGAACUAUGUGUGGGUGCUUUGCAGGGAUACGGCCGAACUCAACCCUAGGGCUGCCUGGAGGCUGUUGGAUCUCUCUAUGCAGAGUCAGGAACAGCUGUUGUGAAUGCCAACAGCUGUUGUCAAUGCUAACAGCUGUUGUCAAUGCCAACAGCUGUUGUCAAUGCUAACAGCUGUUGUCAAUGCUAACAGCUGUUGAGUUAAUGGUAGAUAGUCUGAUCAUCGAAAGGAGAGACUUCAACUAUAGAGAAGAGAUAGCUUAUUAAGAAGAUAUCCCAUGGUUUAUAUGUAAUAGUAUACAUGUUAAAUUGUAAAAACACUUCAUUCACUACUUUUCAAAUUAAUAAAAACAAUAUAAAAAUCUUGAAGCACCCUUUUUUUCAGACUACCCUUAGACUACCAACGGGACAAUAUGUCCCAGCAGAAAUGACCAACCUCAGACUACAACUGGGACAAUAUGUCCCAAUAGAAAUUCAUCGAAUCCCAGUGGGUGAAUAGAUCAUCUAAACUACACAGUAAUGAAUCCCAGCGGUAGUCUAGGGUCUAUUCUGUAGAAUAAAUCAGCUGUUUAGUACUAUCUGAUCGCCAUAUUAUUGUGAAUUGAGGUUAUAUUGUGGUUAUAUGCUCUCAUGCAUGCAUGUGUCAGAUGCUGGUUUUGAAGCUGUUCUAAUGUGAUUUGCAGUGUCAUUUUGAGUUGAAAGUAAGUAAAUAACUUCAUAUAAUGUCAAUAAUAACAUGUGAAAUUGAAAUUGCAAAGCUAUUUACUAAAUUUUAUUCAUUUCAUCGUGUUUUUUGUAUUGGGACAUAUCCCAAUGGUAAAAUUCGUUAUUUGGUAUUUGACGGGACAAGCUUCAUGGAACCUAUUUGGUAGUCAAAGUGCCGGUUGCACAACAGCCGGUUAAACAUUAACCGUGAUUAAUUUCACGAGAACCAAUAAGAGAAGCCGUCUUCCCAGAAACGCCUUCUCUGAUUGGUUCUCGUGAGAUUAAUCACGGUUAAAAUUUAACCGGCUUUUGUGCAACCGGCAAUAAGGGUUAAAAACUCAAUAGUUCAAUAGUUGUUGAACUAUUUUAAAGUUUUAAAAAAAA